AUGCCCACCGGAGUGACUCCCAUACGAGUAGCAUAUCUGACGUUUCCACCGUAUCUGGACGCUGUGCAGCGAAAUGGUCAGACGAUCCUCACUGGAAUUGUGGGAAACCUCAUGAUGCACAUCAUUCAGGCGCUGAAGCUCAAUUGCACCUUCGUCAAGCCUGCGGACGGACGCUACGGAGUGCUGCAAAACGGAACAUGGAGCGGAAAAAUAGGAAUGCUCGUUCGUAACGAAGCGGACAUAUCACCUGGCCCUUUCAUCAUGACCAGUUCCCGCGUCUCUGCGGCCCACCCGUCCUUUCCCUGGGCCUACGAGGACAUCGUCAUAUUCGCCGGAAGGCCGUUCCAGUUCUCCAAGAACGUGUUCGGAUUCCUCAGCGCUUUCUCCGGCCUCGUCUGGUUCGUCAUUGCCGUGACGCUACUGGCCACCUGGGCCGCCUACGUGGCCUGCUUGGCCGGGGCUCCUCGCCCUUCGCGCUUGGGGCGUCUCCGAGCCGUGAGACGCCGCGCAGAGGCCUCGAGUGCCUUCGGCCUGUUUGUCCGCACUAUCCUGUCGCAGGGUAAGAUCAGCAAGGUCGUAAUCCGAUAUUUUUCCAAACGCUCAAAAAUCAUUACCUUUUUUUUAUGA